AAACAGCUCCAGUAUGGGCAAGAGUCAAAGUAAGCCCAAAACUAGGGAGGAUUUACAGUGUAAAGAUUGGAAGUAUAUAGAAAAACAGGAUCCUGAUAAAAUAAAAUAUUUGGAUAAAUGGGUAAAAGAUUACGGGUUUAAUGGUAAACUAAACGUCAAAACAAUUAAGCUACUACAGGAAACAAUACAAAACAACACUAACAAAGAUCCUAAAAAGAUGAAAAAGUCAGGUUAUGAGGAAACCAAAUAUUGGAUAAAAGUAGCUGAAAAACGUGAAGCUGGAGAAAGAGACAGAAAAAAGAGGGAAAAAAUAGGAGAAGUGGAUGAGAAAACUGAAAAAAAACAACAAGUAAUGUUUCACAGACAGGAGGAUGAUGAGACAGGGCCGGUAGGAAGAAGGGCAGAACAGAGAAAUGAGGAAGGUGCCUCAGGGGGACCUCCUCCUACAGCUCGACUAUACCCUGAUAUUCCCCAAGAAGAACCCCCUGAGUAUGAUACCACGCCUCCCAGAGCACUAAGAUCAACCCGAGGUACUGCAGGCCUCGGAUGGUCUAAGAAAUUGGGAGCAGUUUUGUCCCCAACUAGUCCUCCAGCCAUUGAUACAAAAGUAGCAGAUGAGUAUCCUAUGAUACAAGUAGCUAAUCCAAACACGAAUGAAGGCCAACCACCAACAAUCCUUGUUUAUAGAACUUGGAACAUGAAUGAUGUUAAAAAAGCCUUAGAGGGCAUAACUCCAUACAAAGAAGAUGUCACGCAAUUUGUAAUUGACAUGGAAAAUGUGCGAAAAUCCUAUCAUCUAAAUGGACAAGAAGUCCAACAAAUCUGGAUGUGUGCUCUGGGACCAGAUUGGCAUAACGUUAGAGGAGAUUGGAAUCCUCUGAACACAGCAGGUGACGGUCCUCUUCCAUGGGACAGCCAACAAAUGGCAGUAGAAGUAAAUGGUCUGGCAACCAGAGCCACAGCCAGGUUUAAACAAAAAGCAAAUUACACUGAGAUAGGCAGAGCAAGACAAAAAGACGAUGAAACUUUUGAUGACUAUAGACACCGCAUGACUACAGUGUUUAAAAUCCAUUCGGGACUAAUUGACGACAAUAAUGACCAAGGAGCUUACCGACAACAGUUGAAAAAUGCUUUACAUAUGGGCUCAAAAGACGCAAUCAGAAGCUGGGUGCAGAGGCACUACAUUGGACUGUCUACUGGUACCCUUGAUGAGUACAUUAAUCAUGCUUUGCACGCAGAAAAAGUUGCUAAAGAAAAAAAGAAAAAGACAGUAGGAACGUUUUUUGGUGAGGAAGAGACUGAGGAAGUGUUUUACCAUGACCAGAAUAGAGAGAGGGGGAGAAACAAUAGAGGGCGUAGAUUUCAUAGAAAAGGACAGAGAGGAGGCAGAGGAAAGAUGGACACUUUGCUGUAGAUUGUCCAGAGAAUAAACAACAAGCAUGACUAGAAGCUAAUGCUACUCAGACACCAAGAUUAGAUGACGUCAGUGAUCAUGAUGAAGUUCUAAUAAACUACCAGGACUUGCUUGCAGUACAUUUUGAGAAACCGAUGGUGACUUUAUGUGUAAAUGGAAAACCAAUUGAUUUUCUUUGUGACACAGGAGCAUGCAGAACAACUUGUAAGGAAAGUUUCCCUAGGGCUAAAUCUAGUAAUAGCAGUAUUGCAGUACGAGCAGCAGAUGGCAAAUUGACUCAUGUGGAAGAAUCUGAGCCAGUCUGGUUGAGGGAUCCGCAGGGACAGUCAUGUCAGAUAUCUGUCUUGAUGUUCCCAGAGUGUCCAGUAAAUCUGUUGGGACGAGAUGCUUUGUUUUUGUUGGGAUUAGCUCUUGUUCCUACAUCACAGGGAAGGAUAGAGGUAAAGAGAAAAGCAGAACUAACCCAGGAAGACAUCUUUGUCUUAAAAGGUUCAGGGCUACCUUAUUACUACUAUUCUUUAGAUGUCCCAAAUAA